UACUACCAAAAAUGGUGAAGAAAGAAGCAGAAAGCAACUGCGAUGGUGGCCCAUUGCAUGUCAACUCAGUAGCCUCUCUGAUGUGAUCUUCUUUAUCUGCCUAUCUCUGCUCCCCCUAUUCCUUUAACCUUACCUUAUUUAGCAUCGACCUGAGAUAAACAAAAUUUCUUGGAGUUUUUACAGAUGGAGAGAGGGAAAGAUUUGGCAGAAGGGUCGCCCUCCGGCGGCGAUCCGGCCGCCGCUGCCGCCGCCCCCAGCCGCUACGAGUCGCAGAAGAGGCGGGACUGGAACACUUUCGGGCAGUUCUUGAAGAACCAGCGCCCGCCGGUGGCGCUGCCCCAGUGCAACAGCAACCACGUGCUGGAUUUCCUGAGGUAUUUGGAUCAGUUCGGUAAGACUAAGGUUCACUUGCAGGGUUGCAUCUUUUACGGGCAGCCUGAGCCGCCGGCGCCCUGUACGUGUCCGCUGCGGCAGGCGUGGGGCAGCCUGGAUGCCCUUAUUGGGAGGCUGCGCGCCGCCUACGAGGAGAACGGCGGAUCGCCGGAGACCAACCCCUUUGCUAGUGGUGCAAUAAGGAUUUACUUGAGGGAAGUGAAGGAGUGUCAGGCAAAGGCAAGAGGGAUCCCUUAUAAGAAGAAGAAGAAGAAAGGCCCUGGAAAGCCUGAUGGUGAAUCCCACUCUUCUUCCAUGCCCUUCUCCUGAUUCCAAUUUCCAGGAAGAUGUGGUGGUAGGAGGAGGAGGAGGCAUAUGUGUGUGCAUGGAGCAGCAUAAUUUCCGGUGGUCGAAAAUGUUUUUGCACCAAAUAACUCAUCAUAUGUUACGUACGUUGCAUUCCGCAUUUGGCAGCUGUUUGAGGAUUUCUUUUAAGUCCUGUAAGAACAUACGUUCUCCCAUAUGUUUGUCUGCUCAUUUACUGUAUUGUUGUAAUUUUCUAUUUCCAUU